AUGUCUCUCCCAUCACAACAAACAACAGUGAAGAUCCCUAAAGAACGACGCCGAUCCUUUAUGGAUUACGGUGGCGCAAACUCGUUCAAUAACUUUGCUUCGUCGUUCUCCCGAGCGCAACAAUACAGUGGCUCAUCAUUAAUGGAACAAUUUGAAGAUGGACGCAAUGGUUUACUUCGUGGUUACUCAGAUCUGCCGUCAAAUAUACCUGGAGAAGAAGUAGCAAUAUCACCAUUGAAUGAAGAAGCAAUCAUUGAUGUUGAUGAUGAUGGUGGUCAGAGGAGUGGAAGAGGAUCAGAUCGAUUGGAGUAUUUCCAGUUUCCUAGCCCGGGCGGUGGUGAAAGAGAAGUUAGAGGCGAUAGUGAGAGUAUGAUUGAUGAGCUUACUCCAUUGGUCCCAACGAUAUCGAAGCAAGAUAGUCACAAGUCAUUUAUUUCACGAAUAGGCAGUUCCACUUUACCUCAAACCGUUUUUAAUUCAAUAAAUACUUUGGUGGGGAUAGGCUUAUUGUCGAUUCCAUUUGGAUUUAGACAAAGUGGCUGGAUAAUGGGUAUCCUACUACUACUAGGAUCAGCAAUGAGUACAAACUUCACGGCAAAAUACCUUGGCAAAAUCUUGAAGCAUCAUCCACAUUUGUUAACCUAUGGCGAUAUAGCAUUUGCAUAUGGAGGAAGAUUUUUUGCCAUAUUAGUGACAUUUUUCUUUGUGAUGGAUUUGAUUGGUGCUGCAUUGACAUUGAUUUUACUCUUUACUGAUUGCUUUGUCAUUAUUUGGCCUCACGUUGUUGGAUUGAAAGUUUUUAUAGUUUCAAUUGUGUUUUUCACCAGUUUGUUACCUUUAAACAUACUUUCUAUAUUCAGUUUGAUGGGAAUCUUAGCUACGAUGGGGAUCAUUUUAAUCGUUAUAAUUUGUGGCUUUAUAAUCAACGAGACACCCGGAUCACUUUUACAGUUUGCACCGACAACAUUGUUGCCAACUAAUUUUCAAAACUUGUUGUUCAGUUUGGGAAUUUUCAUGAUGCCAUGGGGUGGACACCCGGUAUUUCCCGAAUUGUAUCGUGAUAUGAGACACCCGCAAAAGUUUAGUCAUGCAAGUAACGUGGCAUUUCUGGUUACGUUUCUGCUUGAUUUUGCCAUUGGCGCCACUGGAUACUUGAUGUAUGGCCUUCAAGUCGAUGAUUCCAUAAUUAAGAGUUUGAUGCAAAAUGACAAUUAUCCAACAUGGGUCAACAAGGCAUUAUGCUUAAUUAUGGGGAUAUUACCUAUUAGUAAACUUCCAUUAGUUACAAGACCAAUCAUUAGUUCUUAUGAAAACAUGCUCAAGAUUGCCCCACGUUACAAUGCAAAAUCAAUGUCAAACAAGGUUGCUCGAGUGUUUGCCAGAUUUGUAUUUUGUUGUUUGUUAUUGUUGGUUGCAUUAUUGUUUACGUCAUUUGGUAAGCUCAUGUCGUUUUUGGGAAGUGCCAUUUGUUAUACUGUUUGUUUAACGUUACCGCUUUUGUUUUAUUUGCAAUUAAACAAAGCGCAAAUUGGAAUCAUUGAAGGAAUUUUGAUCAAAAUUGGCAUUGUCAUAUCUAUAUCCUGUGCUGUGUUGGGUACAUAUGCAUCCAUAGUCACCAAUACAGCAAAAUAA